UAUCUGAGGGGGGCUGGGCUGCAGAGACUGCUUCUAUCUGUGACUGUUGAUAAAAAGGACCGCCUGCCACUGUGCUGUGUUGUAUGUCUCCACCCGGCCACCGUCCCCACUUGGGGAGCAAGUUGUGCUGCUGGGCCCUAGGCUCCUUGCCACCGUGCCCCACCCCACCCCUGCAAGCACUCUUCUGGGGCCUGUAGGUGCACGCUAAGGCCUGCUGUGGCAGCCGCAGCCCUUGUGUGGGAGAGGCCACAACCGGGAGCAAGAAGCCUGGUACUUACUGCAUCUUCCAGAGUCCUCUUAAGUCUUUGCUUCCCCAAGGGGAGCAGAGUGCUGUGGAGGGAGGCUCCACAGGGGCCAGGACUGGGGGUGUCCAUGCCGGAGGGCCAGGGACUCUGGCCUGGAAAGGGAGGGGGCUGUUUUCCUUGGCACUGCUGAGCCAGAGCCAGAGAGGGGAGGCGGGUACAAAGUGGUGUCAGAAACCUCCCUGGGGGGAGGGGUCCUUGGCAUGCAGCCCUGACCCAGGGGCCUGCUGCCAGUUCUGCCUGGGCUGGCAGAAGGGACAAGCAGUUGGCCACUCCAGCUCUAAGCUGGCCAGGCACAGUGUGUCAGGGUGAGGGGCCCCUUAGGAGCCUUCAGUGGGUUGGUGGAGGGCACUGCCUGCCCAUAUGCCACCAGUGCUGGGUGUGGUGGGCUUGGGCCUCCCCUCCCCUCUGUGCCUGGGGCCCACUGGGACAGCCUGGUAUCCCUGGGGCCAGCCAUUCUCAAGGUGUCUGUGGUCGGAGGGCUAUCCUCACAGGGCUGGGGGAGGAGUGGGAGCAGGCAUGGGGGGGGUAUUAAAUUUAGUGUGGGGCAGUGGAGCUGCCAAAGGUCCACCUGAUGCCUCUUGGGGCCUGCUGCCAGGGACGGGAGCGGGCUGGCCCUGCCUGGGACUGGGCCCAUAUUAACCGGUGUUCCCACUGGAGGCAGAGGGGAAGCCUGUACGCUAGGAAGUCACAGUGACAGCGGAGCCAAGAAAUUUGAGGUGAGAGACUGCGGGCAGGGACAGCUGCCCUGGGCUUCCCUCCCAGCCAUCAGGGGACUAGCAAGACCAGAGGGAGCCAGGGCUCCCCCUCCAGCCCAACCAGCCACCCACAGCCCAGCUCAGAAGGCCAGCUCCCUGACCCUCUGCCCAGACUCAGAAGCCAGCUGGCAGCCACCAGGGAGGCCACCCCUGGGCAUGGCCUAUCAGCACCUGGCAGGCCUGUGGAGGCGGGGCCCUGAGGGCCUAUCCCAACUCGCUUCCCACUCCACCCACCAAUCAGAAGCAAUUGGGAAGGGAAGCUCAGGUCACUUUCUGCUCCGCCAGGCCCUAGAGUGUGGCCUCAAGGGCAGCCCUAGGCUGGGUGAGUAGUGAAAGGGCAGGACAACCUUCUGGGCAGCUGAGGCAUCAGAAGGACCCAGAGUAGCCUUUCCCUGUCCCCAGCCUCCUCUCCCAGAACCACAAUGGAGCCUUGAAGCCUCUGAUUGGGGACCAAGGUCCGACCACUGGGCCUUUGUAGUGUUCAGGAUGCAGCCGCCAGGCUGGGAAGGGUGGAUGAAACCCAGAAUCUGAAUACCUCACUCCCCUUCCCCAACGGCCCCCAGGAUUCCUGAGGAGGCCUGGCUCGGUUACCUAGGAGACGGGUGUGCUGGCCCAAGCAAAGAUGGGGGCCCAAGAGGGUUAGGCCUUGGCCAGUCCCUGCCGGGCUCCUGUCUCACCACAGCAGUGCACCGUAUCACCAUACUAUCUCUUCCCUGUUCACUGCUGCCCAGCUCUUUGAACCCCUCAGGGCCCCCUGGGCCCAGGCUCCCUCCUUCCCAGGCGCUCAGCCCACCUUUCCCUCUCCCACUCAGCCCCUCAGAUCUUCCCAAACCACAGCCAUGCAUGACUAUCUGUCUGUCUCUACCCCCCACUCUGGGUCUCCUGCUACCUUACCACGGGGACAGGCACUGGGCCUCGACCCAAGCCCCGCCUGUGUCCUUACCCACUCCCUCUGGCUCCCUGGAGCAGAACUGUGCCCAGGCGGGUGGGGCAGGGCCAGGCCGGCCCAGCACCUUCCUCAGUCUUUUUUGUCCCUCUCAGCGGGCUAGCAGGCUACAGCAAAAGAGGGCGCUCUCUUACUCCAGCCUUUCUAGCCAGGCUCCCCUUUCCCAGCGCAACCCCCAGCCUCCAGCCUGCUGCUUCUGGAUCCUGAGGCUGCCUCUUGAGCUUCUCUCCUGCCCAGCCUGAGAACGGUCAUGGCCUUGAGGGCAGGUGACCAGGGGCAGGUUGCAAUGAACGGGCUGAAAGAAAAGGUGCUGACGCUGGACACCAUGAACCAGUGUGUGCGCAGGGUGGAAUAUGCGGUACGUGGCCCCAUCAUGCUUCGUGCCCUGGAGCUGGAGCAGGAGCUGAGCCAGGGCAUGAAGAAACCUUUCACCGAAGUCAUCCGUGCCAACAUCGGGGACGCACAGGCCAUGGGGCAAAAGCCCAUCACCUUCAUGCGCCAGGUCCUGGCCCUCUGUGUUGACCCUGAGCUCCUGAGCAGCCCCCACUUUCCCAAGGAUGCCAAGAGAAGGGCAGAGCGCAUUUUGCAGGCCUGCGGGGGCCACAGCCUGGGGGCCUACAGCGUCAGCUCCGGCAUCCAGCUGAUCCGCGAGGACGUGGCGCAGUACAUCGAGCGGCGCGACGGAGGCAUCCCCUCAGACCCCAACAACAUCUUCCUGUCCACAGGAGCCAGCGACGCCAUAGUGACGGUGCUGAAGUUGCUGGUGGCCGGCGAGGGCCGCACGCGCACGGGCGUGCUCAUCCCCAUCCCGCAGUACCCGCUCUACUCCGCCACGCUGGCCGAGCUCGACGCCGCGCAAGUGAACUACUACUUGGACGAGGAACACGCCUGGGCGCUCGACGUGAGCGAGCUGCGGCGCGCGCUGGCCCAGGCGCGCGACCGAUGCCGCCCGCGCGCGCUCUGCGUCAUCAACCCCGGUAACCCCACCGGGCAGGUGCAGACCCGCGAGUGCAUCGAAGCCGUGAUCCGCUUCGCCUUCGAGGAGCGCCUAUUCCUGCUGGCUGACGAGGUGUACCAGGACAACGUGUACGCCGAGGGCUCGCAGUUCCACUCCUUCAAGAAGGUGCUCACCGAGAUGGGGCCGCCGUACGCCGCGCAGCAGGAGCUCGCCUCCUUCCACUCCGUUUCCAAGGGCUACAUGGGCGAGUGCGGGUUUCGCGGCGGCUACGUGGAGGUCGUGAACAUGGACGCCGCGGUGCAGCGGCAGAUGCUGAAACUGAUGAGCGUGCGGCUGUGCCCGCCGGUGCCCGGCCAAGCCCUGCUCCACACGGCGGUCAGCCCGCCCCAGCCCUCCGACCCCUCCUUUGCGCAGUUCCAGGCGGAGAGGCAGGCAGUGCUGGCCGAACUGGCGGCCAAGGCCAAGCUCACAGAGCAGAUCUUCAGCGAGGCUCCCGGCAUCCGCUGCAACCCGGUGCAGGGCGCCAUGUACUCCUUCCCGCGCGUGCAGCUGCCCCCGCGCGCCGUGCAGCGCGCGCAGGAGCUGGGUCUGGCCCCGGACAUGUUCUUCUGCAUGCGCCUGCUGGAGGAGACCGGCAUCUGCGUGGUGCCCGGGAGCGGCUUCGGGCAGCUGGAAGGCACAUACCACUUCCGGAUGACCAUUCUGCCCCCCAUGGAGAAGCUGCGGGCCCUGCUGGAGAAGCUGAGUCAGUUCCACGCCAAGUUCACCCUCGAGUACUCCUGAGACCGUCUGGGGACUGCGCAGACCAGGCCAAGCCGGCAGGGCCACCCUGGGAAUCACCGUGCCCAGGACCCUGGGAAUUUUUGGGGCCCUCUGGACUCGCUCUUGUUGCCUAGAGAGCU